UGCAGAAGAUCGCUUAAAAUGCCAUCAGUGUAUGAAGAAAAAGUUUGUUGUUGUUCCUUGCACUAAGUGUAAGAAGAAAAUGUAUUGCAUCCAGUGUAUCAAGCAAUGGUACCCCCACUUAGAAGAAGAAGAAGUUUCGAUGCUUUGCCCAUUUUGCCGUAGAAACUGCAACUGUAAUGUGUGCUAGCACUCAAGUGGGAUGAUUAAGACUUCAAAGAGGGACAUACCCAGUCAUGAAAAGAUUCACCAUCUCCAGUAUUUGAUUUGUUCUUUGCUUCCGUAUUUGAAACAAAUUUGUGAAGAACAAACUAAGGAAAUGGAGAUUGAGGCUAAUAUUCAAAGGAAAUCAUAUUCUAAAAUUGAAGUACAACAAACCAUUUGUUAUAAUGAUGAGCGUAUCUUUUGCAAUCAUUGUGCAACUUCAAUUGUAGACCUUCAUCGAAGCUGCCCAACAUGUUCUUAUGAACUCUGUCUCAGUUGCUGUGAAGAAAUUCGAAAGGAAAGUCUUACAAGCCGUGGCAAAAUGAAGUUUCAAUACAUCAACAAGGGCUAUGACUACAUGCAUGGUGGAGAUCCUCUACCUGAAUCAUGUCUUUUAAAAACUUCUAAGGAACAUGUUAAGUCCUUUAUCAAAUGGAGUGCCAAUGGUGAUGGAAGUGUUACUUGUGCUCCAAAGGAAAUUGGUGGGUGUGGUGAAUGUGUAUUGGAGCUCAGGCGUAUCCUUCCACUGGGGUGGAUUUCAAGUUUAGAAAUUAAAGCAGGAAAUUUAUUGGAGAUGUUUAGAGCUCAACCUACAAAUUUUAAGCAUAAAUGUACUCGAAAGAGCAUGAAGAUUUUCCGAAGAGCAGCUUCUAGAGUAGAUUGUGAUGACAAUGACUUGUACUGUCCAUCUUCAAGGGACAGUCUUCUAGAAGAAGAGCGUUUGCACUUCCAACAGUGUUGGACUAAAGGUGAACCAGUUAUUGUUCGUGAUGUUCUUGAACAGACAGCUGGUUUAAGCUGGGAGCCAAUGGUCAUCUGGCGUGCGUUAUGUGAAAGUGUGGAUUUGGAUAUCAGCUCAAAAAUGUCAGAAAUGAAGGCCAUUGAUUGCCUGGCUGGUUGUGAGGUGGAGAUUAAGACCCGUGAAUUUUUUCAAGGCUAUAUGGAAGGUAGAACAUACUAUAACUUUUGGCCUGAGAUGCUUAAACUAAAGGACUGGCCCCCCUCUAACAAGUUCGAGGAUUUUUUGCCCCGUCAUUGUGAUGAAUUUAUCCGUGCAUUGCCAUUUCAAGAGUACACAGAUCCUAGGUCAGGCCUCCUUAACUUAGCUGUCAAGUUGCCUCCUGGUGUGUUGAAACCAGACCUGGGUCCAAAAACAUAUAUCGGAUAUGGGCUCGCAAAGGAGCUUGGAAGAGGGGACUCUGUAACUAAGCUUCAUUGUGAUAUGUCAGAUGCGGUGAAUAUUUUGACACAUACAGCAGAAGUAGUGUUGAGUGACAAGCAGCGCUCAGCAAUUGCAACCUUAAAAGAAAGGCAUAGGGCCCAAGAUUGGAAGGAGCGUCUAGAUCGAGAGGAGUUAAGCUGUCCAACUGAAAAACUUGUUCAUAGCAACGGUGAGGACAUGGAGGUCCUAGAAAUUGCAGAUAUGAGCAAGCAUCCAUCUGAUUUUGAUGGUAAAAUUGAGAUGUCAAAAAGUGACAUAGAAGGGGCUACUUGUCCUGGUUUCUCCACAGAACAAGAAACAGAAGAAACAGGCAGUGCUUUAUGGGACAUUUUUCGGAGGGAAGAUGUUCCUCAAUUAGAGGCAUAUCUUAGAAAGCAUGCAAACGAAUUUAGGCACACCUAUUGUUCACCUGUUGAACAGGUUGUCCACCCAAUUCAUGACCAAUCCUUUUAUUUAACUUUGGAGCACAAAAGGAAGCUAAAGGAAGAAUUUGGUGUUGAACCGUGGACCUUUGUGCAAAGGCUUGGGGAAGCAGUAUUUAUACCUGCUGGAUGCCCACACCAAGUUAGGAAUCUCAAGGUAAUAAAAGAAUACUAGUACUAGUAAUAAUAA